AUGAAUGCAUGUCGUGACCUCGCGUCGAAGCUCCAGGUUCUCUUUGCCAAUAUGCGCAUCACUUGUACGCGUGAUAGACGGUUGGACUCCGGCGCGGGCGGGUCCGGCGACGACGAUGAUCCAGCGAGAAAUCCCAGAAGGAAACCAGGUUCUCGUGAAGUUUGCGAAAGCUGCUCCUCUCCAUUUAAGAUCAGCCCCGGCGGAGACGACGACGGCGGGCGAUUGCGUUCCAGCCGCCGUCCUCUUACCAGCGCGGCGUGGCGAGGCCAUCCCACUGUUGAACUGGAUGCAACGCGGCCGAUGAUGGCUGGGGAAGAGCAACCGCAGGAGGGGCCUGACUAG